AUGGUAACUCUCAGCAAGCCCUACUCCGCCAUGAGCAGCAGCCACUCGGACUCUCCCGGCAUGCGGCUGCCUCAACGUUACAAAACCUUCUCGUCCAAAGCUCAGUACCAGAUGGUGCUGAGCACCCUGCGCAAGCUGCAAGAGAGCGGCUUCUACUGGGGCGCCAUCACGGGCAAGAACGCCAACAGCCUGCUGGGCGCCGAGAACGCCGGCACCUUCCUGGUGCGCGACAGCUCCGACAACCGCCACCUUUUCACCCUCAGCGUGAAAACGGCGGCGGGCACCAAGAACCUGCGGGUCCAGUGCGACGCCGCCUCCUUCUACUUGCAGACGGACCCCAAGAACAUUCACGCCGUGCCCCACUUCGACUGCAUCCUCAAGCUGGUGCACUACUACAUGCCGCAAAGCAGAGGCAACGGCCGCAACGUGGACUACAUUUACUCGGGCGGCGAGAAAGUCCCGCUGGAGUUGGUCAAACCUCUGGCCUGUUGCCCGUCCAGCCUACAACACUUGUGCAGGAAGACCGUCAAUGGACAUUUGGACAUUUCUUCCACAAGAGAGCAGCUCCCUCAUCCUCUCAGGCAAUACAUGCAGGAUUAUGACUCUCCCAUUUAA